AUGGCGGCGGCGCAAGGCGGCGGAGGAGGAAGAAGAGGUUCAGGUUCCGAGGCGGCCGAACCGGGCGGAGUGAACGUGUUCGCCAACGAUGGAUCUUUCUUGGAGCUCUUCAAGCGGCGGAUGGAAGAGGCUGCUGCAGCGGGAGGGAAGAGCGGACCGGGAACGGGGGGAGCUGGGGCCGAGAAGCAGAAAGAGACCGAACCGCGGCCGGAGCCGCCCGGGGAACACGAACCGCCGGGAAAGAAGCGGAGCGGGAGCGCCCUCAGCUUCGUGGGCAAGCGGAGAGGGGGCAGCAAGCUAGCCCUGAAGACAGGAGUGGUAGCCAAGAAACAAAAGACAGAGGAUGAGGUUUUGACAAGUAAAGGAGAUGCAUGGGCCAAAUAUAUGGCUGAAGUGAAAAAGUACAAAGCCCACCAGUGCAGUGAUGAUGAUAAAACCCGCCCUUUGGUGAAAUAGCUUUCAUCUCCAGCCAGGACUGACUUUGAUGUACAUAAUUAUUUAAAGCGUCAAAGGAGAGUAGCUCUGCCCCACAGACUGAAUGCUGCCAUGGCAGUAAAUGACUUGCCAUACUUUUGUAUCUGGGAAUUUAGAGCCUCCUUCACUGUUUCAUUUAUUGUUUUCCUCUUCUGAAAACUAAGAAUUUUGACUUAGUUGCAGGAUUUUUUUUUAAAUUUGUAAUCCCCCAAAUAGUGGAAUUGGUCUGACAUGUCUUUUCCCUGAAUCACCAGGCAACAUGCUUUGCUGGCAAAAUCUUUGGCACUGAGCCUUUGCUUAACACUUCCAACACACCUGAAGUUUCUACCAUGAGAAUGAGGCUCCAUCUUUGCCAAAUUCAUUAUCUCUGACUGUUGAAGGUAAACUUAAAUGUGGUUGCAGGUAGUCAAUAUGCACUGCAGGCAUAGUAGUCCCAGAGCACUUUGUUAUCCUUAUCUGUCCAUGGUGAAAGAUGAGUGGUGCUGGAUUUCUUGGUAUGCUUACAAUCUUCUGAUUUUUCCUCCCCGUGUUUCACUGUACGUUACAGUGAGUUAAUGUGGUUUUAUUCUGAAUUCCAGUUGCUGCUGCUUAAGCCUGUUCCUAGCCUUCUGGUAUGCAUGCUGCAAUCUAGCACUGAUGAUUAAUCUGUGCCUACCUGCUAUCUAAGAAGGUAGAAACUUGGUCUGCAAUUAUGCCAGGUAUUAUGUAUUGGAGAAAACUUGCCUAAAUUAGUAUAAACCUAUCCUGAAACAAAUGGAACUCUGAAUACCAUGAUUCUAGCCUUUCAUUAGCCUCAGUCUUGGGCUUUGUGAUCAGAGUUCUUGGGCUGUAAGAAAGAUCUAGAAUGGAGGCUUAUGGCUAUUGGUUUGUCAGCUGUUUGCUGUAUACAUUGGAUCUAUUUACUUAUUUUCAAGUAUCUCCAGUUUGUUUCUUUACACUUUCCACAAGAUAGCAUGUUAGAGCUAUAAUGUAAACCCUUAUUGCAGAUAAUGUGAUUUGUCACUGAGAGUGACUAAACAUGACAACUUCCUGGAAAUGCUUCUAGUAUGCCUAGAAGGUACAGUUUUAAAAAGACAACUUUUUGUAGUCUGGUAUCUAGGACCCAGUUUUUGUCCUAGCAUGUGCAUGGGGUUCACUCCUGAAUCUUACCCUAUUUGUUCAUCUCCUUUUAAUGGAAUGGGCUGUUUGUGUAAGAGAAGAGUUAAAACAUGACUUCUGAACCAUGCUAAACUUGCAUUAUUCACAAAGAAGGAUUGUAAAUGCAGAAGGAAAACUAGCUGAUGGUUUUUAUUGCCAUCUGAGGUUAAAUGGGAGUUCAUGAAACAGCCCGUGGGUCAUAUUGGUAUAUAAGUAUCUUCCCUCCUGAAACCGUCACUGCUUGCUAUCAAUCAAAAGAGCUUUGGUAUGUGUAGGACUCUUAAAGACCUUUGAGACAGAAAAUAAUGCUCUUUAAUGCUAAGUACUCUUGCUGGAAUUUCACUCAAACUGAGCCUUCUUCAGACCUUUCCUCCUAACAUGUGGGAAGGGGUAUGUUGUGCUCAGUAACACAUCUUCAGCAGAAAGGGUUCCUGCAUGUGUACAUCUUGAAUGCAUGUGGGCUUUUCAACAUGAUUGGGAGCACUGAUCAUAUGGCAGUCUUUCACACACGCAAUUGUGGACAUGUAGAAGCCUGUGUCAGACCUCCUGAAUGGGUUGGGGGCAGGACUAAAAGACAUCUUCCUGUCUCUGCCCCUCCAAUGCAUUCAGCCUGAUGUCAUGUCUGAAAGGGGCUCAUGGCUGUCAUCUGAGAAACUAUUUGCCUAUUGAAAGCUUGAAGCAACUUUGGAGGAUUAAAUAUGUCACUGGUAUCCGGUUUCCUGCCUGCUAUAAAGGGGUUGCAGUUUGCUUUCUUAAACACUUGAUCAGACUCCCUCCCUUAUUGCUUUUGAACACCAUAGCCCAGCUUAGAGCACUGAUAAUCAUUCUAAUAUUAGCUUUUAAAAAUAAAAUUCUGUUGUGGAUAUUGA